AGGAAAAUGGCGCUAGUUCGCAGUCGUCUGAAAAGGUGUUUCAGAGAAACUUCUGCAGUAUAAAUAUGUGAUGCAAAAUGAAUGAGCCAGCUAUAAGCAGUGGCCAAUCUUUGGCUAAACUGAGGAAUCAAAGAAAUAUUAUGUGAUGAAAUAUUCUACAAAGGAUGUGAUAUUGACUGAAAUACCAGUUUGGGGGGAUAGGUUUGUAUUGGAUAAUCUGUUAAUCACAGAGGCUUUUGAUAACAAGAAGUAUAAAUGCUAAAAUGAGCGAAAAUCAGGAUACUAACUCAAAGCCUUGUAAAUCUAGCAGUGCUGAAAGUUCAUUAAACACUGUAGACCAAUGUGACCAGGAUCAGCAUGUGAAAAAUCAAUUUCCAUUGGUAAAGUCAACAAUAACACCUGAACAACAAGGGCAGUAUACAGCAUCCACAACCCCUGAAGAUGGCAACAUGUUCAGCUCUCCAGUGGAAAGGAAUGAGGAUGAGAGUUUAGCUUUUAUUAAUGAACAGUUGAGCUUUCUGAAUUCAGCAAGUGGAGAGUUAGCCACUACCAUUCACAGGUCUAACAAACAAGUCAGACAGGAGAUCGCCAAAAAAAGUCGGGAUUCAGGUAUGAGAAGAAGGGAAUUGUACAAAUCUCCAGCCAAACGAUUUGCACAAAUUCAAGGACGAGGAGUUAAAAGGAGCCCAGGAAAGUUAACACAAAGUCGACCAAAAGUUGCAAGGAAGAGCUUGGAUGUUCCAAAUGCAUCAGUAGACACACUUGAUUGUGAUGAAGAUGAUGAUUCAAAUGAUGAAGGUGAAAGUUCUGAUGAUGAUAAUUGCUGGACGAUUUUGGAAGAGUCGGAUACAGAUGCUCCAAUAAAUGAGGCCCUUGAGGAAAAUGUACUCCGGAGUAAUCUCACAGCAUCCAACGUCAAAAAACUUCUGCAUCAAGUCAUUACCAAUGAACAUGUGGUUGCCAUGGUGAAGAACACCCUGAGGGCUGAAAACGAGAAGUUUGAAGCCCACUAUGAACCCAAGAUGACAAGGUCAAAGGUCAAGCACAUCAUUCAAGAAGAAGGAGAUGUUCUGCAUCCCUGGCCACUGUCACCACUGAAAAAUCCUAAACCACCUGGUGCAAGCUUCUUAGAGGUGGAAUUUCCAGAUGAUGAAGAGGAAGAUGAUGAGUAUGAUCCAUCCAAAGAGCCUGAUUCUGUUAGUGAUGAGGACACUGAGAGCAUGACAUCAUCCCAAGUCAGUGACACAGGCUCCCCGGCACCCUCUACUCCUCAAACCCCAAGAUCAUGUGAUCGGCUGUCUGACUUUAACAUCACACCUUCCACUAGAGAUGGAUGGAGUCCUAUGGGACCACCAAGCCAGAAACACUUGUUAGGGAGAAAGUACCAGGAAGCAAUGGCUGCUGCAGACAAAACAGAGGAAGAAACUAUUGCAUUGAGGACAAGAUCAAAGUUAUCUUUAACGGAAACCACUCUGACAGAGCUGGAAUCUACCUUUGUGGCCCCUGACAUCACAGCAGACAUGUAUGACACACAAUGUGAUGACAAUGAGUGGCAGACUUUCCUCACUUCACUGGUAAAACCUUGUGAAACUGAAGAUACCAAUGAUGGUGGUGAUGAGGAAGAUCCAGAGUAUGACUAUCUGGAAGAUGCUGCCAAGUCUGAGGUGGAUAGGGAAGACUUACGUUCAGAUCGUGCUGUCCAGGUCUCAAAGCGGGAGAUGAACCAACUAAUGGAUGAGCUCUUUGAUGUGUAUGAAGAUGUAGAGAUGGAGGAAGCUGAGAAACAGAAGAUGAAGAAAAUGGCACGAAAUAACCUCAUCAAAUCACACAAAAAGCAGCGACGCGUUACCACUGUGGUAACCUCAUCUGCUCCAGGUGCCUUAACAAUGACAGAGUCAGAACGACUACAGGUGGAGGAUCAAAUGAGAAAGCAUGUACAACUUCUAGCCCAGCUUUACGUGAUGUCACAGAGCUCUCAGGAGACACAUGGCUCAGUGGCUGCAGACUCUACCUUCCUACUGAAGGAACUCAAAUGUUUUGCAAGUAGUAGUUCCCUUGUUACUCCUGUCCGACGUUCUGCAUUCUAUGCGCACAACCUGGAUGGAGCAUUGAAAUUGGUGUCGGAGACAAAGGAAUGGGUGCAAUGCCCCAACCCUGAAGGACGAACUUUGUCCCCAGAAAAGUCUCUCACUAGUCUGCUGGCUAAACACUACACCAAUCUCAACAGCAACCAAAAAGACCGCAUAUUAGAGGUUGUUGAUGGUGAUCAAGGACAAGAUCUCAAAGACCCAGCCACUCUUCCAAGUCCAAAGUCUACAUUACCACAGCUCACCCAAACCCAAAGAGAGACAAUCUGGAAUGGUGAUGUUUUCCUCUAUCCAAGUCUUCUCCCAUUGGGUGGAUUUGACUGUUCUGUACCCAAGGUCAAACAAAGAAUCACUUUUACAGAGGCUGAGGAUAAUUUAUUGGCCCUUGGUUAUGAUCAGUUCUCUUCAUUUCCUCUUCACCGAGAAUUGAUACAGAAGUUCCUGUUACCAUGUAAAACACCCGACCAAAUCAAAAUAAGGAUAAAGAAUCUGUCAGCAACCAAGAUUGUUGAUAAUGUUAUCAAGAAACUGAAGCGAACCAAGCAGUUGCCAGAGUUUCCCCAGUAUGGCCUUGACUGGGAUGAGAGUCAAAUGAAGGCUCCAAAAGACCAACAUAUCAACAGAGAUUUCCCUUACUGGUGUAAGGAGAUGAGGAUUAAGGAAAUCAUUUGCACAAGAGGGGAGGUUACUCCUGACAAAGAGAUAGUAGGGAGAAAAAGACGUGCUCGUAGUGUCAACCUGCCCAUCAGGACAAAGGAGAAGAAAAACAAGCCACAGUCAAAGAAAACUCGGUCUGCCCCUGCCACGCCGGCAGAUCCUGACUUAGUGGAUAGCUUGUCGAUGGAUGCUAUCUCAUCCAAAUCGCAAGACUUGUCACUUGAUGCUGAAUUCAAAACACAGAACAAAGAUGUUUUAAUGGGUAAUAGUCCCCAACCACGCUGGAAAAAAUCGCUAAAACAGAAUUCCAGGAAAACUCCUUCACCUGGAUUUAUCUCCCUUGACCAGUGCUCCAGUAUAGAGAGUGAAGGACCGCCAGCUAGUCCUAUCAACAUCAGAAUUAUUGACAAUGUCUCCAGUCCUGUGGGAACACACAGGGUAUCAAGUCCUGCACACCCAAUGACACCAAACCCUGGCACGCCCCAGGAGCAAAUAACUCCACAAAAGUCUGACUCUGUGAAAACUUUGCCUGUGUCACCUAUUGUGAUUGUGCAGGGGAAGUCUCCGGUUACCUGUGCCACACCCACAUUCUUGGUCGUCAACAGUAUAGGGAGUGUAUCAGUUGCAGGUCAAAGAGUUACUCCUGUCAAAGUGGUCAGUUGUCGUGAUCAAGUGAUUCCAAGUGUUCUAGGGACAAAUGCCAAUAUAGUAGAGGCUACAGGAACACCUCAAGUGACAACAGUGUCCAAUAAUGCAGGACUUUCAUCUGGUAGUGACGGGACUCUUUUCACAACUCCUUCAAAAAGUAACUCCAGACAGGACCCCCCUGCAAUAUUGUCACCAUCAGUACCAGUUAAGGAAAGUACACCUGAAAAUGUUCAAAGCACACAAAGAUCACUAACAAAAAUACGUGGAAAAAUAACUCCAGAGAAUACCCAUCACUCUGAAAAAUCACCAGCCAAAUCAGCUCUGGAAAUUAUGGCAUCAUAUGCUCCUUUUAUUUAUUCACCCCUCAGGUCUGACACAUUAUCCCCAGAGAAGUUCUCAGAACUUAACCAGCAAUCACAAGAGAGAACUCCUACCAAAUCCUCUGCCUUUGUCCCCAGGUACCGCCCUGUGGCCCCAAAUCCAUUUUUCUCAUCCCCUACUAAAACUGUGUCACCAUUUCUAGGGAAGGACAAGAGUCCUCGUAGAAAACAGUUGGCAAAGAAAGCUCAGGCUAUUUGUCCAAAAGGAUUUGUGUUAAAAACUUACGUGUCACCAUCGAAAAAAGCAGCAAAUAAUAUUGUCCAUAGAGUUUUAAAGAGAAAUGUGCCAAAAAUUUUACCAAGAAAUUCCCCAAGAAAUGAACUGCAAAUCAAAAUUAGAUCUCCUGAGUCCUCUAAAAAGAAAUCCAACCAGUUAUCUGAUGAGGAGAUCAUGUCAAAAGGUGAAUAUGAUAUGCUGGAAUCAGAGUAUCUGUCAGAUGAUAAUGAUGAUGCUGAAAAGAUGGCCGGGAAGAUUAGGAGGAAUGGAACUAAGAAUAAUCAGAAGGCGAGACAGAAAACAACAUCAGUGACGCGUCCAGAGAGCGAUGAUACUCAGAGUGAGAAUGAAGAUGGUAAUGAUUUAUAUGAUAGUCAGAAUGAUGAUGAAGAAGAUUUAGAUGACGAAGAUCACAUGGCAGAAUUAAUGGCUGCCAGCUCCAGAAUAGGAUUUGCCCAGAAGAAAGGGGAAAUGAAGGAUAAGAACAGAAGUAAAGCCCAGAAGAGAAAAGACUCUGCCUUAGCUAUGUUGGCUCCUGAUCUCUUGAGCACAGAUCCCCAGAAAGAUGACCGGGACACGGCUUUUGCCCAGGCAUACUUGUGCCGGGCUCGGGAGGUGCUCAAGGGAGACGAUGAUACCUAUGAGACAUUCCUCAAGUUGCUGUAUGACUUUGGCAAGAGUGAUUUCUCUCCAGUCAAACUGUACCGAGAGCUACGAGUUGUCCUUAAAAACUACCCAGACCUGGUGACAGACUUUGCAGGCUUUCUACUUCCGGAGCAGGCUGUGGAAUGUGGUUGCUACAUGACGACUCAGGAAUUCAUCCGAGCUAGGACCUUUCUUCGUAAACUUGAGGUACACUUUCACAGACACCCAACUCAUUUCCAGAAGUGUCUCAAAAUCCUUAGCUCCUGGUCUCAGUGUCAAAACAAAAAUGCUGCAGAGCUGAAAGUUGCUCUAGAGCCUCUCUUGAAAGGACAGAUUCACCUCCUGCAGGAGUUGUCUCUCUUCUUUAAGGAGGAACGCCCACCAGAAAGUUAUAUGACAGACUAUGAGGAGAUAACUCUUGGUGAAAGCGACGAGGAGGCAGAUUUUGAUGGAUUUGAGGAGGUGGAGUUGCCAGAUGAGGAGGAUACAAGUGGAACAAAGAAAUGUCUGUGUCGUUGCCAUAACAACCCUGCCAAUACCAAUUACUUCAAACGUAACAAACACUGCUACUCCUGUUGCCUUAAGGUUAUUGAUGGGGAGCUGUUUUAUCGUGUGAAUACAAAGGUGCUAAAAAAGGUCAAGGUCAUAUUUCACAAGCCAAUUAAAGCAAGGUCAGUACAGAAAGAAGUGAAUGAUGAUUCCAGAAACCAUGGUAACAGGGAAUGGUAUGAGGAUGAUACAGCUGCUGCAGAAAAGGAAAAUAUGGAUAUUUCCCUGCUAGAAGAACCACCACGUACCAAGUCCAUGAAUAAAUUGAAGAUAUCUUUGAAGAAAAAAGCUAAAGGAAGGUUUAUGACAUUGAAUGAGAUGGCAGAAUCUCCCCUAAAAGGGUCAAGGUCAGUGUCACCAAGAUCUGAGACUCAAAGGUCCAAGACUCCUACCCAUGAUUUGACAGGUCAAGCCACAACAUCUAAUAAAGGGGAGGGGCAGAGAAGGGGUGUGGCCACCUCCUUAUUUGGUGUGACAGAUGAUGCAUCCUCCUCGCACCAAAACAAGGAUAUUCUGGCACAAGAUGUUUCUGUUGUUGGAAGUGCUGUCAUCUCGGAUCAAAGACCAGUUGAGUCAGGAUGCCUUACAGAGGGACAGGGAAGCACCAAACCUUCUGUUGUACAUGAUAGUGUGACUAUACCUGUUAAAACAGUGCAGAUCUCAGAUGCAGUUCAAACAAGUUUACCUGUUCAAACAGUGCAGAUCUCAGAUGCAAUUCGAACAAGUUUACCUAUUCAGAUUGUGCAGAGCUCAGAUUCCAGUGAUAUGAGGUUAGCUGUUCAGGAAGGGGAGACAUCUGAACCAGCUGGUGCCAAAUUACAUUUGAAAACAGUAAAUAAGUGCUCAUAUACACAAGCUAGCAAUACAGAGGCAAGUGUCAGACAUCUACCUACACAUGUUUCAGUUAGUACUGUCCCUAGUUCAGUUGUAAAUGCCAACUCCUGUUGUGACAAUAAUAGUCAGAAAUCCUCUUCAUCAAAGACAUCACUUCCCAUCAACUUAGAUUUGAUGAUGGAGGAUGCUAGCUUGUCACCCCAGAAACGUCUGAUCCCAGCAAUGAACCUGUUAAGACAUGCAGGAGAAUUUGGUUCUCCAUCCAAGGACAGCACCUGUUCUGACAUAGUGGCCAAAGCUCUGAAGGUGGCCAUGAUAGGACAAGGAGAUGUCACCAUGGAUACAACACUUAUGGAAGGUAACUCCAGAGGGAGUUCUAGUAUUCUUGCCAAAGCUUUCAAUGAGGCAAUGAUAGGACAAGGUGAAGGUUCCAUGGAUUGCUCUUUCAUAACUAGUAGUACUAGUGCUUCACAAUCAAACUUGACUCUGGAACUGUCCUCAAAUAGUGCUUUUUCUAUGGUCAGUUGCUCUGGAUCGAACAAUAGCCAGGGUACAGGUCAAUUGAUACAUCAGGCUACUGCAGAAUCAUCUGUUGUCUGUACGGAUGACAGGCAGAAGUUGGGAUUUAGGAAAAGUGAUGGAAAUACUGUGAAGGAGUGUGUGUCUAAGAUGAGAACUGAUCAGUCUGAACAGACACUCAACAGAAGUUGUGUUGAAACAUCCAUACACAAUACAUGUGGUGACAAUAUACAGUCCACUGAUGAUGUGUUAAGUACAACUACACCACUUUCUGUUCCUAGUCAGUCAUCUCUUUCCAACACGGAGACUUGUGUGUCCAGCUCUGAAGAAGGGUCAAGAGGUCAGGUCUGGUCAAAAGAAAUGGACAGACAGAUUUUGGAGUAUGUGAAGGAAAGGGGUACAUCCACUCAGACGUUUGAUUAUUUAGCUCAACAGUUUGGUAACAAAACAGGCAACCAGGUUUUGAGAAGAUUUCAACACAUGCUGGAAUUACUUGCUGAUGAAGAGACUGCCAGUGACAAUGACACAAGCUCCUCUAGUAGGUCAUCAGAACUCCAGUAGUCAACUGAAGACAACAGUAGUCAACUGAAGAUAACACUAGUCAAGAACUCCAGUAGUCAACUGAAGACAACAGUAGUCAAGAACUCCAGUAGUCUGCUGCACACUGUAUAAGGCAGUUCUCUGAACUCCAAUAGUCUGCUGUACACUGUAUAAGGCAGUUCUCAGAACUCCAGUAGUCAACUGAAGACAACAGUAGUCAACUGAAGAUAACACUAGUCAAGAACUCCAGUAGUCUGCUGUAGACUAUAUUAGGCAGUUCUCAGAACACCAGUAGUCUGCUGUAGACUGUAUUAGGCAGUUCUCAGAACUCCAGUAGUCUGCUGUAGACUAUAUUAGGCAGUUCUCUGAACUCCAGUAGUCUGCUGUACACUGUAUUAGGCAGUUCUCAGAACACCAGUAGUCUGCUGUAGACUGUAUUAGGUAGUUCUCAGAACUCCAGCAGUCUGCUGUAGACUGUAUUAGGCAGUUCUCAGAACACCAGUAGUCUGCUGUACACUGUAUUAGGCAGUUCUCAGAACUCCAGUAGUCUGCUGUAGAAUGUUUUAGGCAGUUCUCAGAACACCAGUAGUCUGCUGUAGACUGUAUUAGGUAGUUCUCAGAACUCCAGCAGUCUGCUGUAGACUGUAUUAGGCAGUUCUCAGAACACCAGUAGUCUGCUGUACACUGUAUUAGGCAGUUCUCAGAACUCCAGUAGUCUGCUGUAGAAUGUAUUAGGCAGUUCUCAGAACACCAGUAGUCUGCUGUACACUGUAUUAGGCAGUUGGAAGAACACCAGUAGUCUGCUGUAGACUGUAUUAGGCAGUUGGAAGAACUCCAGUAGUCUGCUGUACACUGUAUUAGGCAGUUCUCAGAACUCCAGUAGUCUGCUGUAGACUGUAUUAGACAGUUCUCAGAACACCAGUAGUCUGCUGUACACUGUAUUAGACAGUUCUCAGAACUCCAGAAGUCUGCUGUACACUGUAUUAGACAGUUCUCAGAAUUCCAGUGGUCUGCUGUAGACAAAAUGGUUUAAUUAUUUCUCAGGACACUGUCUGAUACAGGAGGUUCUAGUCAGUUCUGUGGCAAGAUAAAUCAUAACUCAAGAAAUCCAGAUAUCAUUGUUUUUUAUUUAUUUUUGCUGUAUUAGAUAUAUAUUGCAAGCAAACCCAUUGUUGAUAUAUAGAGGAGCAAGCUUUGAUUUUGUGUUUGCAGUAUACUUCAUUAAUGAGAUUAAAUAUGUAAAAGAUCAUCAAGAAAUGUUACAAUAUUAACUGUUUUGUUAACAAUCAUGAUUUGACAUAUUGCUGCGGCUUUAAAUGUUUCCAAGGUUGUUUUGUUAUAGUAUUGAAAUUUCCCAGUCAUGUACUCGCUGU